AUGAUAUCCUCUAAAGAGAAGACCAAACCUCGGCCUCCAAAGGACAGCAUGACUCUCUUACCAUGUUUCUAUUUUGUGGAGCUUCCCAUUGUGGCCUCCUCCAUAGUAUCUCUGUACUUUCUGGAGCUGACCGACAUCUUCCGACCCGCGCAGGGUGGAUUUCAGUGUCAUGAUCGUUCACUCUCUAUGCCAUAUGUUGAGAGCAAUGAAGAGCUCAUCCCACUUCUCAUGCUGCUCAGUCUUGCAUUUGCUGCCCCAGCAGCCUCUAUCAUGCUUGGAGAGGGAAUCCUUUACUGUAUUCAGUCCAAACUGAAGGGUCGUGGUAGCUCUGAAGGAAGUAUCAAUGCCGGGGUUGCAAUUUCAAUUCCUUUUUGCGCAGGACAGUUCGAUUUGUAGGUGUUCAUGUUUUUGGCCUGUGUGCUACUGCAUUGGUCACUGAUGUCAUUCAGCUAGCCACUGGAUAUCAUGCUCCAUUCUUCCUCACGGUCUGUAAGCCUAACUACACAAGGCUUGGCACUUCAUGUGCUACAAACCCCUAUAUCACACAGGACAUCUGCACUGGAAAUGACCAGCAUGCUAUUUUGUCUGCCAGGAAGACGUUCCCUUCCCAACAUGCUACACUUUCGGCUUUUGCUGCUGUCUACAUAUCUAUGUAUUUUAACUCCAUCAUAACAGAUAGUACAAAACUUCUGAAGCCAUUGCUAGUGUUCUCUUUUGCCAUUGCCGCUGGAGUGUGUGGACUAACCCAGAUCACACAGUACCGCAGUCACCCAGUAGAUGUAUAUGCAGGAUUCCUUAUUGGAGCAGGCAUCGCUGCUUAUUUGGCUUAUCAUGCUGUGGGUAAUUUUCGGGCAUCCUCUGAGGACUCUUUGCCAGCACCCCCGAGUAAAGACAAUUUACGUGCUUUGACACAGCGUGGACAUGAGUCUGUAUACCACCAGAACAAAUCCUCAAGCAAUGAUGAACUAUCUCCCCAUCCUGGUAGCCAGGCUACCCAACGUCAGGUUCAGCGUGAGAAAAAUUCUCUUGGCAGCCUAAAACGUGCCAGCGUGGAUGUUGACUUAUUAGCCCCAAGAAGUCCCAUGGGAAAGGAGAACAUGGUGACUUUUAGCAACACUUUGCCCCGGGUGAGUACCCCAUCCAUGGAAGACACUGGCCGUCGGCACAUGACUAUGCACAUGCCCAAUGAAGGCUCUCGUCAGAGGACAGCAGGACCUGAAUGGAAGCCAAAGCCUAUUGAAGGGCGUAGUCUGACACUUGGGGAGGAGGUAGCAUUGGCACAAGCCCAUCGAAGGGCAGCCUCUGAAACUUCAGGUAUUAUACUUGAUGAGCCAGACCCCGACAGGGUUCCUCCAUCACUUUAUCCCACAGUUCAGGCUCGGCCAGGAGCUCCUCGGGUACUUAUUCAGCCGCGCCCUGCAGCCCCACCACUUCUACACAUCCCUGAAGAAAAUCAAACUGGUUCUCCAAAAAGCAGCUCAGCAAUUAGAGCCAAGUGGAUGAUGAUGGCUGAAAAAGGUGGGGCACCAAGAGCAACUGCAAAUCCUCCUAGAUUAAUGCAAGUGAUUGCCAUGUCAAAACAACAACAACAACAGCAGGCAACAGUACUAGGCUCCAGUACUCCAAAACAUUCAGAAACAUCUUCAUCUUCAACAACCAGCAGUUCUGACUCUUCACAGUAUCGCUCACCCUCAGAAAGGGACAGUUCCAGCAUUGUCACUAUUGACGCUCAUGCACCUCAUCACCCAGUUGUUCAUCUGUCCUCAGGCAAUGGCCCAUGGGAGUGGAAGGCGGGGCAAAAGACUGGAGAUCCCCAAGAACCAGGAAGUUAUGACAUGAGCAAGGAUUUUCGUGGCUACAGGCCACCCAAAGGUGCUGGUGUGUCUCCUGGUUCCUCCAUUAGUGACAUAGAGCCUGAUUCUGAACCACGUUGUGGACCAACUGUCAAUGUUGCUGGAGGUGUGCCAACACCUCUAAUAGCUGAAGCUAUUGGCCUUGCUACCCCGGGAAGCUAGUCUGAGAAGGAAACCCCAGACAAGUGAAAGGGAGUGUAGUGAAGAAGCGGAAGAGCCAUUUUACAAGAAGAUUCAGAAUCAGCGAUUUAAGGACUGA